AUGCUGUUGGACCCCGACGAUGACAUCCAGUACAUUGACCGGCUGGACUACUUCCCGGACGGCGCUGCCGACCACAUGAACCCGCCGCUACCCCACGACGGCCUCGCCGAAGCGCCCCUCGUCCCCUACUACUACACCAACCCCGUGGCGCCAGCAAACCCGUCCAACCCCCAACCCAACAGCCAGGCGAACCUGAGGCGACGUCACCAGCCGCUGAAACAGCGACAGCCAUUCGUGACCAAGAUCUGGCUGAUGGUGAACGACCCCAAGGCUAAAUACAUCCACUGGACGUCCGACGGGAUGCUGUUUGAAGUGGACCACUUGGACGACUUUACCCACGAAACUCUCCCGAAAUAUUUCAAACAUAACAAGUUCUCGUCGUUUGUGCGCCAGCUCAACAUGUACGGGUGGCACAAGGUCACCGACCCCGAGCUGGGGCUGUUACAGGACAAGAAGGCCGCCGAGAAGCUUGUAUUCAACAACCCCAACUUCAUGAGGGGCCGCGAAGACUUAUUGGACCACAUCGUGCGCAACAAGGCGCUGAACGACGAUCUGACCCAGGCGCUGGCGCAGCUGGUGCUGAUGCAGAUGGUGCUCAACGAGGUCAACCAGUUGCGGUGCAACCAGAUGGCGCUCAACGAGGAGCUCCAACGGCUCCGCAAGGACAACAAGGAGUUGUGGCAGGAGAACUACGUCCACCGCGAACGCAACAAGCAGCAGGCGCAGACGUUGGACAAGAUCCUCAAGUUUCUCGCCACCGUCUACAACAAUCAAAACAAGCUGUUGGACCAGCUGAGCGCCUCCACUCAACCGCGUCUCAUGUUGAUGGACCAGGAGUACCUGCCGCGACAACACCGCAACCUGGAGAACUCGCUGAUCGAGGAGAUCAUGCGCAACUACGACUCGCUGCCGGGGCUCACGCCGCCGGGGGCCAAUCUGACCCACGCCAACCACUUGCUCCAGCAGAUUAUCAACAGCCAGGCACCCCUGACCGCCGCCAGCCCGGUGCUGCCCCAGGAACCGGUGGCCACCGCCAACAACAUGGUGGUGCCCCAGCCGCGCCAUUACGACACCUCGUACUUCGACCAUGAGCUGAUACCGCCCCACAUCCCCGACGACAUUAAGACGAAGGUCGACAUGCAAUCGGGCCUGUUGCAGCAGGUCCAGGACUGGAUCCUGAGAAUCGCCGACGAACAAUCGCCCGACGCUGACCCGCACACCCAGGCGCCCCCGCUCAACUAUGACGACUUUGACAUGGACGACUUCUUGCUGCAGCCCCCUGACGAUCAACAACAUCAACAGCAACAACAACAGCAGCAGCAACAACAACAACAGCAGCAGCAACAGCCCCUGAAGAAGCGUCGCCUCGAGGAGUUGGGCUGA